GCCAAACCUGAACUAAGCGCGGACGAGCGGUAGCCGGGUUGUUGCUGCGCGUGCCUCGAAUCGUUUCCCUUGAAGCGGCGACCAGCCCGGCCUCCCCCCGCCCGCCCAGCUUUGGGCUACGCUCCCCAGGCGAGUCCCAGCGCUUCAUUAGCCUCUCCUUUUGCCAGGCGCGAGGUUCCCAGCUGCAGCCGGAGGCGAAGCGGGCCCUCCCCGAGGAGGGGCCAAGCCGGCAAAGGCAGGAGAGCCGCUGCCAGAGUCGGGAGAGGGGGAGUCUUCCAAGCGGCCGCACUAGCAUCGGGGAGAGGGGGGAGAGGGAGGAGGACGGCGCUGGGAGAAGGAGUGGGGGCGCCCGCAAAACGCUCGGGCGCAACUGACGCUUUGAGGGGCGUCUGGCUGCGGGCUGGCCGCUCGGUGCUCCCGACACCGCUCAGCUCUUCUCAAUGAAUGAAGGAGCGGGACCUUUUGGGUGCACUUGGGAUCACUUGCCAAAGCAGCUCAGCUCGGGACCGUCUGCGCUGCCGGCGUCCGCCCGCCCCACCGCGUGUCACUGAAUGUUUCUCAGCUGAGAUGCCAGAUAAAACACCAGAGAAUAAAGAAACUUUAACCAAGAAUGAAGAUGGCUACAGUCUUAAUGGGUUGCCUCCAGUAAUGGUAGGCACAGCUCCCAAGAAGACAGGAAACAACCUACAUAGAGAAGACCGACACUUCCUCUACUGUGGAAUCAAAGCGAUGGAAUUGUUGGACAGUGACCGGCCAGUUAGCUUCAGCUCAACAUCUUCCUCAGCAUCCUCCAGGGAUAGCCACUGUUCCUGUGGUAGCAGAACAACCUUGGUUUCCAACACUCAUCUGGGUUUGUUCAAUCAGGAUAAGGAAGUGGGGGCCAUAAAGUUGGAGCUGCACCCAACCCAGCCGUUUCCCAACAAAGAGCUAAGAAAAAAUAACCCCAUCAAAGAACAGCUCUCGGAUGGAAAUCUUGGAAGAAAGCCAAAUACGCCACGAAAACCUGAAACAAAGGAAAAUAACAAAAACUGUGUCAUGUCACUGAUUGUUGAGUCUACAAGUCCAAAACUCCUGUAUGUUGACAGAGUGGUCCAAGAAAUUCUAGAGACUGAAAGAACUUACGUGCAGGAUUUAAGAAGUAUUGUUAAAGAUUACCUUGAUUGUAUCACUGACCAAUCCAAGCUGUCUUUGGGUACAGAGGAGCGAUCGGCUUUGUUUGGAAACAUAAAAGAUAUUUAUCAUUUCAAUAGUGAACUUCUGCAAGAUUUGGAAAACUGUGAAAAUGAUCCUGUAGCUAUAGCGGAGUGUUUUGUUUCUAAGAGUGAAGAUUUCCACAUAUAUACACAGUAUUGUACCAAUUAUCCAAGGUCAGUGGCUGUACUCACUGAAUGCAUGAGGAAUAAGUCCCUAGCCAAGUUUUUCAGAGAAAGACAAGAAGCUUUACAACAUUCUCUUCCUUUGGGAUCCUACCUUUUAAAGCCUGUUCAAAGAAUAUUGAAAUACCAUUUACUUUUGCAUGAGAUAGAAAACCAUCUUGACAAGGACACUGAAGGUUAUGAUGUUGUGUUAGAUGCCAUUGAUACAAUGCAGAGAGUGGCAUGGCACAUCAAUGAUAUGAAGAGGAAGCAUGAACAUGCCAUUAGAUUACAGGAAAUACAGAGUUUACUUACAAACUGGAAAGGCCCAGACCUGGCAAGCUAUGGAGAGCUGGUGCUAGAAGGAACCUUCCGCAUCCAGGGAGCCAAAAAUGAACGCACGUUGUUUCUCUUUGAUAAACUGCUGCUUAUUACAAAGAAGAGAGAGGAGACAUUUACUUACAAAGCUCAUAUCUUGUGCGGCAAUCUUAUGCUGGUAGAAGUCAUACCGAAAGAACCUCUUAGCUUCAGCGUCUUCCAUUAUAAAAAUCCCAAGAUGCAGCAUACCGUUCAGGCAAAAUCACAGCAAGAUAAGCGCCUUUGGAUUCUUCAUUUGAAGAGAUUAAUUCUAGAAAACCAUCCUGCUAAAAUUCCAGCUAAGGCCAAGCAAGCAAUUCUUGAAAUGGAUGCAAUUUAUCAUCCGGGGUUCCAUUACAGUCCAGAAGAAAUGAAAGCUUCAAGUACAAACUCUAAAGAGGGCAUUACUCCACAAAGGAUGAGAAGGAAAUCAGAACCUUCUUCCAGAGUUCAUAAAAUCACAAAAUCAAAUGAAAUGGACCCAAAUUUGCAAAAGCGGAUGAGUACUGAAGGAGCCCUGCCAUCUCAGGCUGAGUUGUUCCUCAGUCCCAGGAAGAAUCAUUCACUGAAUUGCCAACGGCUAGAUUCAAAUGAAGCAGCCUAUAGCAGUGGUCAGGAGGACAAUAUUCUCACAGAUGUUACAGAUCAGAUCGAUGCUGAUGAUGAAGAAGAGAGCGAACAAAACACUCAACAUUUACAGCAAAAACCAAAGGGAGGCCGCAAAAGAUUGAAUAGUCAAAUUACUGAAAAUUUUGAGAAACGAAGAACUUUUAAUCUCAACAUAUGUGAAAUUCAGAACUCCCAAAAAUGUACAGAUGACGCUCCUUCCCAGAUGAACACAAAGCUUUCAUUUUCCUGCAAUGGGGAUAGUCAGUUAUCUGAACAAUUUACUCCCCAAAACAACUCAUUUGUGGCAAAUAUUUUGGGGAGAACAGCUGCAGUGAGAAAUAUCUGGACAGACCAUCAGAUUCGGCAAGCAUUGUUCCCAAGUAGACGUCCUCUGCAAGACAAUAUAGAUGAUGAUGACGAUGAUUACCAAAUGUUCAUGCCAUCAGACUCCACAUCCAAUUUAAGUUCCAUUGCAUGUGAAGAAAGGAUCCCAUCAAACCGUCCUUGCAGCUGGCAUGUAGGACUAGUUCAUCAAAACGGUAUUUCCAACCUGAAUUCUCAUAGAAUUAUGAGGCGGGCCAGCAGCGCUGGUGAAAGUAAAACUGGAGCAAGAUAUAGAAAGAAUUACCAUGAACAAAGUGCCUCUUGGAAUGAAAUUAAAAACUCCAGAAGUGACAUGGACAAUCUUCAAGAAUGUCAGGAAUCUUCAGAAGAAUUGACUAUAGAUGACAUAGAUCAUGUCUAUGACAAUAUAAGUUUCGAAGAUUUGAAGUUAAUGGGGCUGGCUCAGAGGGAAGAGUCCAACCGUGCCCCACAAGGGUCAGCUAAAGAUUCACUCUAUGAGACAUAUGACCAAGACUAUUCUUUCAAAAAAACGCAAUUAUCUCAAAACAGGACUUGUAUUCCUAGCAGAAAUGAAGCCAUUCCCAGGAGAGAGGCUUCAUCUGUAAGGUCUUAUGAGUUAAGGAUUAGUGAGGAAAAUAUCUAUGAUACCAUUGGCCUUCCAGAAGAAUCAGUGUCAAAUUUCAAAAGUGAUAACCUUAAAUGUUCCAAAAAGAGAAGUUUUCUGGGCAUGGAAACAGAUUUUGCAUGCUGUAACCAACUCCGACAAUUUGUUUCUGAAGAAAGCCUCCAGUUCAGUGAAGAUGAAAAUCCCUAUCAUUAUGUUCCAUUAGAUCGUGGCUGCUUAAGUUUGGCGGAGAGUUCCUCAAAUUCUGAUUCACAUUCUCACAAGUCUGUUGCAGAUAAAUUAUCAGAGGAAGUAGAUGAAAUCUGGAAUGACCUGGAGAAUUAUAUCAAGAAAAAUGAAGAAAAGGCACGAGAUCACGUCCUUGCGGCUUUUCCUGUCUCCAAAGAUGAGGUUGAAAAUCAAGCAUCUAGCAGAACUAAUGGUGGAUCAAAUAAAGAUAUAAAAUAUUCAUUGACUAUGCUCCCACUACCGGAAAAAAGUGCUUUGUCAAAAACUUUGCCAAACAAGGUAGCUAGGUUAAGUGAAGCCAACAUUAAAUUUGAAGAGGCAACAUCAUAUAAAGCAAAUUCACUAAUAGAUCUCAACAGAUCUUCACUUUCAAAUGACAGAAAUUUUGCUGAUAGCCUUUAUGAAUCUCCCAAUAAUAUAUUCUGCACAAUAAAUACAAUAAAUACUAAUGGUGAAUUGGAUUCUGUGGAUAAAACAAAGAAUCGUGUUUUUAUGAUGGCGAGACAAUACAGUCAAAAAAUCAAAAAAGCAAAUCAGUUUUUGAAAGUAAAAAGUGCAGAGCAAGAGCAAUUUCUGAGUCGGCAACAGAAAUCAAAGCACAAGGACUUGGCGGCCAUUUUAGAAGAGAAGAAACAAGGUGGAGCUGCCAUUGGUGCAAGAAUUGCUGAGUAUUCUCAACUAUAUGAUCAAAUUGUAUUCCGGGAAACCUCACCCAAAACACAGAAGAUUACUUCUCAAGAAACAAACAUAAGAUAUUCUUCACCUGUGUCCACGUCUCACUUAGCUGCAGAAUGUUUAAAAGCUGAAAAUUGGCUUUUGCACUCAACAUAUAGUAAUGGAGAACUUUCUGACUUUUCUCCAUGGCCAGAAAGUCCUCAUCUGAAAACAAAAAGCUCCCUUAUAGAAAUGGGGAUGACACCAAAUGUGAGACCUGUAACCUGCUCAGUGCCUUCCUUUCAGACUCCUCUUGGUCCACACAUUCCUGCACAAAGGUGGAGUGCUAUUAUAAAUCAGCCCAAUAAAGAGAACUUGUAUCACAGCCACCUUUAUAAUUCUUUAGGGAGGACAGAGAACAAUACAAAGCCACAGGCAUAUUGCAAAUCGCAGUCCUCUUGUUCCAUUGUGCGCAACAAGUCUGAAGAAUCAAUAAAUUAUCCACUUGAAAUAAGGAAAAAGAAUUUGCAUUCCAAUAAAAAAUUUCUGACUGACCACUGUCAAGAAUCAGUGUCCAUUGCCACCCCUGGGCAUUCAACAUACGAUGGGACAAAGCAGACCUCGGAAAAUGUCUCAGACGUUAUUCUACAAGAUUCUCAGAAAAUUUUGAGAGUUAAAAGGAACUUGCCCUCAAAUGCACAAAUAGCAACCCACAAUUAUUUUAGUAAUUUCAAAGAUACUGACAAUGGAGAAGGAGAUGAUGAUGAUUACGUUGAAAUUAAAUCUGAAGAUGAGGGAUCUGAUUUAGAGACUUUCUAUAACCAAACAAAGGACUUGGAUCCCAAAGUGAAUCCACACUCUACUCCUUUAGAAACUCACAGUGGCAAAUUACUGGAUCCUUCUAAACUGUCAGAUUCUUUCUUGACAACAUGUGAUGAUUCAGACAAAUUGAAUGAUUACUUGUGGAGUGUGCCAUCUAGUAAUCAGCCGAAUAUUGUCCAAUCCCUAAGGGAAAAAUUUCAGUGUCUCAGUUCAAGUAGUUUUGCUUAAUGUUGCCUUUCCCCCCCAAUUCCAUUGUUCAGCCUUAAUAUGAAAGUUACAGUAUGAUCACCAGUUCUUGUAAGUCAUAUUGUUGUAUAUAUACAUAUAUAUUUCUAAUUACCAUUAUAGGAACAAUACCUUG